GACAUAAAUAAAGGAAGAAAUUUUUCUGACGUCAAAGCUAAAAACAUUGCAUUAAUAACAAAUUUUGCUCUAUCCAAAGGGUAUAUGCUCUGUCUUUAAUAGUUAAUAUUUGAAUUUGGAUAUGAAAAUAUGAAGACUGACUUCCAAAGUAUUAUUUACUUACUGUGUUUUUUAACUAGUUCUUUCGCAAGAAAACACAAUCUAAAAAUUACGAAUGAUGCCAGAAAAUUCAUUGCUCUCAGUACUUUUGGUUUCUACCAGGGAGGCACUCUGGAAGUCACAUUAUCGAACUUUCAUGCCACACCGAUGAACGAAUCAUCUUUAUUUGGUUUUAGUUUGGACCGCACAGUCAAUGAUGGCAUGAAUCCAUAUUUUGAUAAUCAUCAGGAUGCGUGCAUUCUGGAAAAGAACAUAACUGAUUAUAAUAGCAAUGAGGACUUCAUUUACUUGAUUAUGGAUCUGAAAAAUAAACGAUUGCAAGUAAAAUGCUCCUCUCAUCAGAAUAGAGUGCUUCAUAUUUAUAAAAGCUCUGAUGAGAAAAAAACUUUGUCCUCGGAAAAUUCUUGUAGAGACAUGCAUUUUGACAUUUUUCCAUUUGAAAUAAAUGGGAAAACUGCGUAUAACACCUCUUUUAUGAUGUCAGUGGAAACUUUAAGGGAACAAGGUUUGUACAAUCUGUACUUCCACAGUUGCCCAAACUACAAUCCAUCCACAGAGACUGUGGUUGAUUUCGAAGUGAAAAUCACAGAGCUCAAUACUGGUGACAAUUACUUGUCAGCUGGCGAGAUGCCAUUACCAGCCUUGUAUUGCAUGAUGGCCAUGUUGUUUUUCCUGUCUGGCAUGUUCUGGGUGUUUCUCUUACGCCAGAGUCGGCAUCCCGUCUUCAAAAUCCAUUACAUGAUGUCCGUGCUGGUGUUCCUCAAGGCCGUCUCACUGGCCUUCCAUGGCCUGAAUUACCAUUACAUUGAGAGAUUGGGUUUCCACGUCACACCUUUCGCCAUUCUGUUCUAUGUUGCCCAUUUGCUGAAAGGUGCAUUACUUUUUGUCGUUUUGGUACUCAUAGGCACUGGUUGGAUGUUUAUCAAGCAUGUGCUAACUUCUAGGGAUAAGAAGCUGUUCAUGAUUGUCAUUCCCCUUCAAGUUUUGGCAAAUGUCGCCGAAAUUAUUCUAGAGGAAAGCGAGGAGGGUGCCAGGGAGUACUUGGCGUGGAGAAACGUGGUCAUCCUAGUGGAUUUGCUGUGCUGCGGUUGCAUCCUGUUCCCAGUAGUUUGGUCUAUCAGACAUUUGCAGGAAGCAUCUCAAACCGACGGCAAAGCGGCCAUGAAUUUAAAGAAACUGAAAUUAUUUCGCCACUUCUACGUUAUGGUCGUGUGUUACAUCUAUUCCACUCGAAUCAUAGUCUAUCUACUCAAGAUUACGGUGCCUUUCCAGUACGGGUGGUUGCACGAGAUGUUUAGAGAAAUGGCCACCUAUGUGUUCUUCGUACUUACCGCUUACAAGUUUAGGCCGGCCUCUCAGAAUCCCUACUUUACCUUCAGCGACGAUGAAGAUGAAGACGUGGAUGAGGUGCUGACCGAAUCCGGCGCAACGGAGGGUUUAAAGAAAGUAAACUCGAGAUUAGUGAAAGUUCCCUUACAUCAGACUUUAACCGAAGUGACCGAAGAAGAAAAAGACGCCCUCCUUGGCCAGAGCGAGAGCAGCCACGAUUACGAUUAGCGCUUUAGUUCAUGUGAAUUACUUUUAUUUAUUUAGUGUUCGUGCUGUGAUAGGGAUUUCAUGCGUCAUUACACACUCCAGGGCUCAACUUAUUUAAGUGUAUUUCAACAUGAUUUUCAUUCAAAUAAAAUAUGAA